AUGGUUUUGGCUCUUGCCAAGAAAGAAGAAGAAGUGACGAUUGAAUGUAUAGAAAAUACCAUGGUGGCUUUACAAGGACAAGUCGCCAAAAUGAACAAGCUACUCAAAUCUAUGGCGUUAUCACAACUUCACAUCAACAUUUCGUUUGUUGAUGUGUUAGGGCAAAUGCCUUCUUAUGUGAAAUUCUUGAAAGAUAUCUUGGCGAAGAAAAGUAGGUUAAAUGAUUUUCAAACGGUAGCUCUAAUGCAAGAAACAAGUGACGUCUUCAGGAAUGGGGUACCCAGGAAGAUGACAGAUCCUAGAAGCUUUAUGAUACUAUGCUCAAUAGGCUGGAUGGAUCUGGGUUGCGUACUAUAUGACCUUGGAGCAAGUAUCAAUUUGAUGCCUCUUUAUAUCUUCAAGAAAUUAGAGAUGGGGGAGGUUCAACCCACACACAUGAGACUUCAAUUUGCUGAUAGAUCCAUCACAAAGCCUAAAGACACGAUUGAAGACAUUUUGGCGAAGGUGGACAAAUUUCUAUUUCUCGCAGACCUCGUCAUUCUAAAUUAUGAAGCUAAUUAG